GCAUCGGCCUCCCCUACACGCUGCGUCAGUCAGUCAGUCCUGCUUGCUUGAGCCUGUGCGACAAGCCCAGAAGUGACUGCAUCGACAGAUAGGACGAGUGCAGAUCAAAACGGCCAGCAACGAUGAACUACUCACGCGCUAGAAGCAGAAAGAAUGUCAAGAAAGGGGUAUCCUUUACGUUGAUGGUGGUGGGUGCGAGUGGCACGGGAAGGACAACUUUUGUCAAUACCCUCUGCAACAAGCCUGUCCUGGACCACCAGUUUUGCGACAACCCAGAGGAUGCGCACUUGGAACCAACCAUCCAAAUCAAGUCACAGCAAGUGGAGCUGGACGAAGAAGGAGCGCGCAUUGGGCUGACGAUUGUCGACACACCCGGUUUUGGCGAUGCUAUUGAUAAUGAGCCAAGCUUUGCAGAAAUUGUGCAGUUCCUGGAGAAGCAGUACGACGAUAUUCUCGCUGAAGAAUCCCGUAUCAAGCGACGACCAGGUCUUCGAGACUCUCGCGUACAUGCCUGUCUCUACUUCAUCCAUCCAACAGGUCAUGGCUUGCGAGAGCUCGAUAUCGAAUGCAUGAAACGACUCUCUCCGCGCGUCAAUGUCAUUCCUGUUAUUGGCAAAGCAGACUCUCUGACACCUGCUGAACUUGCUGAAUCCAAAAAGUUGAUUAUGGAGGACAUUGAUCACUACAAGAUCCCCAUCUACAACUUCCCUUAUGAUAUUGAAGAGGAUGACGAGGAUACAGUUGAGGAGAAUGCAGAACUACGUGGAUUACUUCCCUUUGCAAUCGUUGGGAGUGAGGAUGUGGUUGAGGUGGAUGGGAAACGGAUUCGAGCUCGCGUGUAUCCUUGGGGCUACAUCAACGUCGAUGAUCCACGACACUCUGACUUCCAAUCCCUGCGUUCUGCACUCUUGCAAACCCACUUGUCGGAUCUCAAGGAAAUCACACAAGACUUCCUGUAUGAGAAUUACCGUACAGAGAGUCUGUCUCGUGGUGUGAGUGGUCAAAAUGGUCAAGACUCCGUGGCACCUGAGGAGAUGGCGUCUCAAGCAGUUCGCAUCAAGGAAGAGCAUUUACGUCGUGAGGAGGAGAAGUUGCGGGACAUUGAAAUCAAGGUGCAGCGAGAAAUCAGUGAGAAGCGGCAGCAGUUGUUGGCCAAGGAAGAAGCACUCAAGUCCCUGGAGGCACGCUUGGCACAGAGUGGAUCGAAUGGUGAUUUGGCAAGUGUUCAACCUUCUUCACCUGCUCCAGUCAAUUCUCCUUGAGGACCUUCCCCUUUAGACCUUUCCUUCAUCUUUCCGUACGCUUUACUGCCUCCCUUAACGACGAGUAAUCGAUUCUUUUCAUACACUUGGUUGACUACAACGAAAUUGACCUGUAAAUAACUAUGAACUAGUAUAGAUGGCUCUGCUCGACAUCAUCAUCAUUCUCAGCAAGCAACUGCUUAUCAUCCCUCGACGUCUGCCGCAACCCAGUCGACAACAAGAACCCAC